AUGACCAUCACCAAUCAAACGAGCGGGUGGUGGCUGCAGGAGGAACAGUCGAAGCAGGAGCUCCUACAUCCAUCCGACUGGACAUUUGUGGGCAAAUGCCCCCGCGGAGAUUACAUCCUGCUUCUUGUAGUCCGCGACUGGCUGGCUGGUCCUCACCUAGGUCAUUCCUGCUACCGCCAGCAGCGAGAAGUUCCUUCAAUUCACCUCGCGUAUACCACGCACAGCCACCAUGAUGGGAUAUUCGACAGCACACUGCAGUCACUUUCCUCUGACCCAGUGCAGGUCACGAAUCGUUUCACCCGGUGGCCUACAUCCGGAGGCGACAACUGCUCCGCGUCCUCGACAUUUCGCUCGUGUCGGAUACGCGCCGCGGCAUAUUCCAUGGCGGGGGAACGGGGCGCAGAUGAGGAGGACGCAGGGGGGCAUGUGGGACCCCCAAACCCACCAACCUGUCGCUUCAGUCGAUUAUCGACACAGCGACCGGUGCGCUACGACUUGAUGGAAUUAUCGUCGAUUGGCACGGCGGUAUUGAUCGACCCGGAACACAAGUGGACGUUUUCGGGAGGCAUCGUCAUGGAGACGCGACUGGACUCCCGCCGGGUGCAAUUUUGGUCAAAACGGGCGGCUCCCUGCCCCCCCGAUCCACCCCGUGCUGCUACACGUCGUCCAACAGAAGUGGCGAGCUGCAUCAGCGGAUUUCGCUGCUCCACCGGGCCUACCCUCACCUCGAGCUGUCGCUCCGCCGCGCAGUUCGAUUCGACCAAGGCGGGCAGGUUGGGUACGGUGCUACUGGACAAACGAUUGCACCAAGACAAGAGCCUGACAUGGCGAAAUAUGACGCGGGUGGUGGCCACGGCGCCAUCCUCGUGGGUUCAAGUGGAACGGUACGGAUGCCGACAGUAG